GUCACACUUUUGCUCCUUGAUGCUGCCAUGCACGGCAAGCUUACACCAUGGGCACUUGGUAAAUUGCCAACCACUAUCCCCGACCCUGCAUCGCGUGGCAUAUCGCUGCUUCAAAUACAAGAACUUUCUGCAUUUGUUCAACGACUAUGUAAAACAGGGGUCUUACGACGUGCAGAUCAACUUGGUGGCUCUGAAUGGCUGCACUGGGAAGACAUUUCCGUGCGGGAGACUGCCAACUUGAUUCUAAAACCAGCCAUCAAGUAUUUGGCUGCUGGUAUUUCCAAGAGCCAGGUGGGAGACCGAUGCUCAGCUGAGCAGACCUGGAGCUGGGUUGAGCUUGUCGCCUAUGGUCCACAAGACCCCAAAAUCUUCGUAUCAUUCAGCAAGUACUGUGCGUUCCGAGACUUCAUUGGCAAUGUGAACCAUUUGGCUGAUGACCAAGGUCUCACUCUCCGAGACAACAUGUGGAUUGGCAUGUUUGCAUUUGAAGUGCCUUCCCCAUCACAAGUGUUUGACUUGCUGAAUUCUCCAUCAUUUAGUGCUUUCUCCAAGUCGGAAGCGACAGCCCUUUUCCUCGACAAACAUGCUAGCAUUUUAGAACGAAGCUGGUGCAUUUUCGAGAUGGCCAUCAUCACAGAUACCACAACCAGCCGUCGCCGGUGGAAGCUGCGAGAAGAGAUUGGAAAUUUGCAGGGUUGCAGCAUGUUUGAUGUGGAAGAUGAGAAUGUGUUGCAAAUUGAGAUAGAGAGACACAAGGAGGAUAGACCGAGCAGUGACCCACCUCAGUCUGAGAAGGGGCCGAAGGAGGUAUGGGAUUGGCUCAAUAGCGAAAUGGCUGGAGGAAGUGACUCUACUGUUCCACGGCAACAGCUGCGAGAGAGGAUCCGUUCGAUGCAGCACGAGGGAGUGAACGCAAAGCCGCUGCUUUUAUGUACACCAGAUGGCUUGGUUGGCACGCGCCGUGCCACGUCCGUCCCAGUUCUUCAUGCGAUUCUACAUUCUUUUUGUUGCACAAAGUGUGACAGUGAUAAUGAAGCUGAAAGACGAUUGGUUAUGAAUUACAUUGCGCAAUGCUACUGUGAAGAAGACAAGAGUAGUGCAAACUUGCUGGAUGGAAUUCGGACUUCUCACGGCGACUACGAGCUUGCCUCGGUCGAAACGGUCUCUGAGUUGCGCUUGGAUGGCUCGCCAGAGUAUCAGCAUGAGCAUUGGCUCUUCACGGAAGAUAAGACUUCCCUGAAGUUCAAAAUGCUGGAGCACAGUAUUCGCCAGGAAUGUCGCAAGGCGCUCGAGGUGGGUUGUUGAACCGCGCUCUGCGGCAGAGCGCUUUGAGAUUCUCCAGCAUUCUGUCCACACGUGCAUGACCUCCAAUGCCAGCAAGAGGCCAGAGUUGACCUAGAAC